AUGGUACGCAAAAAGGCUAGAAUUUCCAACAAGGACCACAAUGCAAACUUCAACUUAAAUUUCGUUCUGAUUUUGAAGAAGUUAGCCUGUGAUGUAACAGCUCUGCGAGUUCCAUUUGAUGAUCGGUUUGAACUGGAAAGAUUGAGAAAGCAAUUUGCCAUGCUGUUAAACUAUGAUGCUAGCGGUGGUUCACUACUUAUUGAUCGGGGAAUCAUUGUUCCACAGGACUUUUCAGAAUCGAAUCUACCACUUUUACUGCAAAACAAGAUCAAUGAGCUUGGAUCGUUUUACUUUCAGAAAUUCAGCAUAAUGGCCAGUUCGAAUACGGAUGCGAUGAUUUUCCAGGUCUUUAGGAGAAGUCUUGACGAAUUCGAUUCCGCUGCUACCAGGCUGAGUGGUUUUUGUGUCUUCCUCGAUGAAUAUCAGCACCGCGGUGUGUGUAAUCCCAGGGAUACAUCUCUAACUCAAGGCCUGAAAACCCAGUUUUUGAACCUCGUUGCCCUUAGGAAACCAGAUCUUUUCAGGCUUGUCCUUGAUGCUGCCAUAAACUAUUCCAGAUACGACGUGAAUGCGACAACUGUCGGUGGGGUUAGCACAGCUCUUCUGGAAAGACUAGUCCAAGCGACAAGAUUUACGCCGCUGAUUAUCGACAAUGUGGUAAUGAGUUCAGAGGAGAUUUACUUGGGAAAUGUGCGACACUACGUUGAAAAUAUGUCUGUCAUGGCGCACAAUGCGAAUUGCAUCGAGGAUUUGAAGAAUUUGAUCUUUAAAGAAAGUCGCAUAGCGUUUGCAAUCUCUAAUGACUCGAUAUGCAAAUCGCGAGCACUUCUUAUUGAUUCUUUGUUGCUCGAGAAACGACUUUUGGCAGAGACUUUGGCAGACUUAUUGGCGGAUUGCGGAAUUCAAAGUGAAAACUUGGUUUGUUUGGAAGCUUUAUACUUGAUUGCAUCAGCUCGCAAUAAGAAGGAAUUGUUUUCAGCGUUGCUAAGCAAAGCGUUGCAAUCGCUUCACAAAGCACUUGUUUUUGACGACACUCAUUUACUUUUGCAGUUUCACGCCAAGACCUCUACAGUCUUUAAAGACUCUGGAUUUAAAGAUUUAUUCAACAGAUCAAAGAAUGAUGUCGCAAACUGGUUUUGUUCCAGUCCAAAACUUCUAUCAUCUCUAGCCAAAUGGUGCGAAAGAGGUUUUUACGGGAAGAACAAUCGGUCGAACUCAUCGCGUUUUAAUAAUAUGACGAGUUUUUGUCAAUAUAUUCAGUUUAUGGAUCUUCACCAGAGCUUCACCUCAAUAUAUUUGAAACGACUAAUUCGGAGAGCGUUUACAAACCAACCAGAAUUUUCGAAAUCGUUAUUGGCACCUAGCCCAACAAACUUGGAGCAUUUAUUCUGCGAGAAACUCGUUAAAUUCCCCACCACGUCUGCUAGUAAACUGCACAAUAUCCUUACAGAUCUAGAGUUUUCAUCGGACUUUUCACAGCACUUGGUGCCAGGUUUCAAUGCCGUUAUUUUAGCUAAGGACACAGUCGAAAGUUCACGCGGUUACGAAGAGGAUGACAUUUUAAAGUCAUUGCACCCUUUAAAACAGCAAUGGGAAAUAGCAAAUCAAUAUUAUCAAAACCAAUGGCAAGGACGCCGCAAGCUUGACUUAAAUGGUAAUCUAACGUUGUUGGAAAUUGAAACCCCAAUCAAGCUAAGUGAAACCCUGAGUUUGUCCUUCAGAGCUAACCUGUUGCAGGCAGCCAUUUUACAUGCAUUUAAUAACUGUGACGCUCUUUCCAUUUCGGAUCUUGCGGAGACCGUGGGUUUUCCGUCAAAUGAAAACUGUCAAUCUACAUUACAACCUCUUUUACAAACUCGAAUUUUACUCCGAAGAGAUAACACCAUAAGGUUCAAUUACGAGUUUAAACCAGACAGGUCCAAAAUUAAAGAAGGAAUCCUCCCCAUUUAUUCCCUGUCCGUAAGGACCUGA